ACCCGUCAAUCACAUCUGCCGAAAAAAAAAAAAAGUACUACUCCGUCUCCGGCUUUCGAUAGUCACAGAAAGAGGGGAAAAGGCAGAGAAAGAGAGAGGGAUUCGACACAAGACGGAAUGAUGUGACAAAACAGUCUCUUGUGGAUGAUUUAGGGUGUAUUUGAGCCGUUAUGGUGGCACGACCGCGUUUUGUUUCAGUCUGGGAUUGAUUUUAGUGUGAAUGGGGAUUUUGCCGCAGGCCUCGGACAUCUGAUUCAUUUUCAUCAUCUGAUUCAUUUACUGUUUUUGUUUGUGUACUCGCGAGAUGAAGAGGGUGAAUAGUUUCCAGAGGUUUAUGAACACCCGGGCGGCUGCAAACUGCCGUUACCAGCCCACGUGCUACGAACACGCGGCCAACUGCUACACCCACGCGUUCUUGAUUGUGCCGGCGUUUGUGGGAAUGGCUCUGUUACACCGACUGUCAGAUGACCGCUGGGAGCGGAUCACAGCCUGGGUCUACGGCAUGGGUCUGAUCGCGCUGUUCCUUGUCUCCACUGUCUUUCACAUCAUUUCCUGGAAAAAGAGCCACAUGAGGUCCAUGGAGCACUGCUUCCACAUGUGUGAUAGAGUCGUCAUAUACUUCUUUAUCGCUGCCUCUUAUACACCAUGGCUCAAUCUCCGGGAGCUCGGGCCGCUCGCUGCUCACAUGCGCUGGUUUGUUUGGUUGAUGGCAGCCGCUGGAACCAUCUAUGUGUUUAACUACCACGAAAAGUAUAAGUUAGUGGAGUUGGCGUUUUACUUGACCAUGGGCUUCUUUCCUGCUCUGGUGGUGACAUCAAUGAGUAACACAGAUGGGCUGUACGAGCUGGCGUUCGGAGGCUUCGUCUACUGCCUGGGCGUCGUCUUCUUCAAAUCUGACGGCGUGAUUCCGUUCGCUCACGCCAUCUGGCAUGUGUUCGUGGCGCUGGCAGCUGCCAUCCACUACUACGCCAUCUGGAAGUACCUGUACCGCAGCCCCGCUCUGGAGGACAUCAGGGAUGUUUGAGCGUCUCCAGCCCGAGCUCUUCCUCAUCACUUCCUCUGUUGACGUCUCUCUCUCUGCUUUAUCACCAAAACACCAUGAUCGUCUCGUCCGGAUGCUCCAAACACCAUAGUUUACCAGUACGACCAUGCAAUGUUUACGGUUUUCUAACCAACUUGGAUCAGCGAAGUGUGCGUGUGUGUGUGUCGCAGUAUUGCCACAGCUGCAACAACAUGGCAAUGCCAUGUUCGUCAGUAUUAUGUAAAUAUAUUCCACUGAAAGCAGAUGAAUUGUGAUUGUGUCUGAUAUGUAAUGAUUUAUUCUGUGCAUUCUGACACACGCGCGCACACACUCUGUAGUUGUUUCAUAUCAUCAGUAGUGAAUUAGUUUGCUUUAUUCUUGCAACUUUCUGUAUCAGAUCUAUUUUUGCAUCUCAACUUACUUCAGACGUACAGCUAGUUGUUUUCUACAAAGUGCUGGUGGUUUUCUACGCUCUUGCCGUGUUUCUGCUCUUUCAGCAGGAUUUGAAAGUGCUGCACGGAGCUUUUUUUCUAUGCGGCACUUUUCUAACAGGACGAACCACUUGUGUUUGAUAUUCCGUCACAUCUGAAAUGUUGUCGUUGAGAGGCUGAUGAUGGGAUGAUGGCGGAUAGAAACGUUGCCGAGCACAACCAGGUCUACUAUGCUGUAGGAUGUCUAUUUCACAGCCUGAACUUCCUUAAAGACACGUUUUCGAUUCCUGCUGGUUAUGACUUGAUGAUAGAAUGACGUCCAGUAUCUGUUGAUGAAUCUGACAAAAACGGGUCAUAUUUCACCCCAAAAAUCAAAAGAAAAACCGAUCACAAGAAACGUUGUUUUUAAAACUCGAGCCUACUAUUUUUUAGGACCAAUGCGUUUUUUUGCAUUGUGACAUUGUCAACAUAUUUUCCUUCUCUUUAUAUAUACAGUCAAACCAUUAUUCAGACACCUUGAACAUUUAAUUCAUUAUAAAAGUUUAUUCUCUGUAGUUUAAAAAAAUGGUAAUAAAAU